GCUGAUGACGCAGGUGCAACUAAGUUUCAUAUAAUCGUCGAUUGCCGUUCACACCCUAGUGAAUAUUUAAUUAACAAAAAUUUGAAGGAUUGGCAAGGACCUGCUAUUUUAAUGUUCAAUAAUGCAAAAUUUAAGGAACCCGAUUUUGAGUCACUAAUGCAGAUUCGUGUUGGCGGAAAACAAGAAGAUAGUACAAAAAUUGGGAAACAUGGAUUGGGCUUUAACUCAUGCUAUCAUCUUACCGAUUUUCCGAGUUUCGUCAGCGGUGAUAAGAUUGCAUUCUUGGAUCCUCAAGAGAAAUACUUGUCUAAACGUGGUAUUCUUGGUCCUAUUCCCCAAAAUAGCACCUAUAGGGACCAACUAACUCCUUUUAAAGGAAUCAAAGACAUUGAUUUCCGUGAAGGGACACUCUUUCGUAUACCACUUAGAAAAAAACCAAGUGAAUUAUCUGAUACUAUUUCUACUACAGAAGAGAUACUCAAGUUAAUC